AUGGAGAUUGGAAACCUGGUGCGAGCGCACAUGACUGAGUUUCUCCUCAUGAAUAGUACUAUAUUUGCAGCUGACGAUGGGGAUGUGGAGAAGGAGGAAGAGCAGGAAGCUAAAGCUUUGCUUGCGGUAUGGAUUAGGAUUUCGGCUAACGCUGCGGAUGAGCAGGAAGAGAAGGAGGAGGAGGAUGUGAAGCAGGAGGAGAAUGAAGAGGAUGAUCAGACUUUGGCUGAGAUUUUGGAUGAGAUUAAGGCACAGCGUGAGACGUUAGCUUUGGCUAAAGCUAGAGUAUGGUCUGUGCGCCUCUUAAGUGGGAUGUUUCGUUUAUCUCCUUUCGGCAGUACGCCUGUGGUCACCAUUGGGCCAACGGCCCUUAUGUCACUCGUCACUUACGAUUCCGUGGCUGCACUUAUGGGACCUGAAGCAGCUAUCCUUCUCGCAUUUCUCACCGGUUGCAUUGUUCUUCUCUUCGGCCUGCUCAAUUUCGGUUUCUUGAUUGACUUUUUCGCAGCUGAAGCCGUGGCCGGAUUCACGAGCGCUGCCGCCUUCGCGAUGGCUGCAACACAAAUUGAAGCCCUUUUCGGCCUCAGAUUUGAUGACGAAGGGUUCCUCAAUACGUGCACAGCGGUAUUUGAACACAUUGAAGAAACUAAAAAAUGGGAUGCUGUUUUGGGUUUUGCCUCCAUCGCUAUUUUGCUUCUACUUCGGAUAUAA